GGUGCGCUUCCCUCUUGUUUUGGCUGCUCGCCUCCCCUGGAAGGAGGAGGAGGAGGAGGAGGAGGAAGGGGGAGGCGGUUCUGGCCGGUGGCUUCGGCUGGCUUUGUCGUGCGGCCGCUGCUUGCGGGGAGACCUCGCCAUGCACGCGCCUCCUCGCAGCGAGGAGAUGGGAGAUGCCCCUACCGUUGACAUUGUGGACAUCUACGAAUCCAUCCGAGAACGGAGGCGUCACGACAGUGAAAGAUCGACUUGUAGCACCUUGGAACGGAAUGACAUAGAAGCAGUUGAGACCCUUGUUUGUAUGAGCUCCUGGGGUCAAAGAUCACAGAAAGGCGACCUAUUAAAAAUAAGACCUUUAACCCCUGUCUCAGAUUCCGGGGAUUUUGUAGUGCAGAAUGAACCUACGUCUGAGAUGUCCAAGGAUUAUAACUUUUUAUCCACACUGUGCAUGACCCCACCGUACAGUCCUGAUUUUGUUGAGGCUUCUACAGCAUCACUGCCCUCCUCCCAAACUACUUACUCAAAACCUAGGGCAAUCAAGGGAAACGUACCUGGCGGCGUAGUGACUCCCCCAGGUUGUCCUCAUACUGCCACCCAGCCAUCUGUUUUGAACAUGGAGAAGCAAUCCAGCCAGAUGCCAUCAAGGACUGAGCAACCUGUUCCUCCUCUUUGCAGAGCCAUGGCAACUAGCGUCAUCCGUCACACAGGCAACAGUUCUGGUUACUCCCGCAUUCCUGGGGCGCAAGUGAAACCAGAAGUUUUACCGGGCUACAGUGGGCCCGCAGACUGGCAGGAGGCCCAAGGCCAGCGACAUUCCAGAGCUUCCCGGGACUGCGUUACGGCAGAGAACCCGACUUGUGACACUUUACUUGCACACAAAUCUUCCUCGCAUGUCUCAGGUUGCCCUAGAACUGCCAAUAAAGGAUGUGAAAUCCCAAGGCUUUCCUUGCAACAGUCUCUCUACCCAAAGAAUUGUGAACACGAUAUGCAGCAAAAGACCAGCUCCCUUCUACCCUCCCCUCUUUCAAACCCACAGGUGAUCUGUCAGAUGAUCCCCUUGGACGGACCAAGAGGUGUGGUCCCCGCUCUAUUAAAACCACCUGCUCAGGCUCCAGGAACCGUCAAAUCCAUCUUACCCCACACGGCUCCGGUUUCUCAGCCUGUCCUGAUGGGACCUUCUAUGCCUCAGGGGACUGUCAUGCUGGUUCUUCCACAGGCAGCCGUUGCCCAGGCACCCCCCUGCCAACAAAAUGUGAUGUCUGUGGGGAACACCAAAUUAUUGCCCCUGGCCCCCGCUCCGGUUUUCAUUGCCUCUGGCCAAAGCAGUACGCCUUUGAUAGACUUUUCCCGGAGGAGGAAUUACGUUUGCAACUUUCCUGGAUGCAGGAAAACGUAUUUCAAAAGCUCUCACCUCAAAGCCCAUCUGCGCACUCAUACUGGAGAAAAACCUUUCACUUGCAGCUGGGAAGGUUGCGAUAAGAAAUUUGCCCGUUCCGAUGAGCUUUCGCGCCACCGCAGAACCCACACGGGGGAGAAGAAGUUUGCCUGCCCAGUCUGCGACCGCCGUUUUAUGCGUAGCGAUCACCUGACAAAACACGCACGUCGUCACAUGACCAAGAAGGUGCCCAGCUGGCAAAUGGAAGUUGGCAAACUGAAUCGGAUUGCAGCUCUGGAGAAGCCGAGGAAUGAGAAUGCUCUGAGCAUGCUCCUCCCAAUGUUAUCGCCAGGGUAGUAGUAGGCCAGCUGGCCAAAACACACAUUUUUGUGACGAACUUUUUAUUGUUCCCCAAAUUACCGCUUUUACUGAUUUUUAACUUAAUUUCUACAAGUUAGGCUUUGCUGUUGGGGAGGGUGGGAAAGUAUUUUUCCCUCUCCCUCUUUUUCUACCUUCUUUCCCUUCUUCCCUACUUAAUGUUACAUUAUCUUUUUCUCCCCCCUUUUCAUUCUGCCAAGAAUGAUUGGGAGAAUCACCAGCACUUCAGAAAAAGAAAAUAUAUUUAAGGGGUGGGGUGGGAUAGAAUAUUAGCCAAUUUUCUUUGAAAAAUUUAUCUUUACUUGAGUAGGAACAAUGAAUAGAAAGUGAAGCAGGCUGACUUGGUUUGUUUUUUCAGUUUUACACUAGUUUUCUGCCUACUUUGUACAAAUGUAGCUGCUAUGGCCUGUUUCUGCGUCUGCCCUCUGAAAGCAGUGGUAUGGGAGAUCGAAACUACCUCUCAGAAACUGUUCUCCUUGGUGUGAAUACAGUCCAAACUAAUUAUCAACUUGGGUCAGAACUUCAAUUUCAUACCUAAGGCAAUCUGCUUUAGGGAUAGCCUGCCAUAUCAGUACUGUUUGGAGGGCUCUGUCUGGAGAUAGAUGCCUAGAGAUUGUAUUUAAAGUUGGCUUAUUCAGCUAGCUCAGGAUUCACUUUGUCAUAACACCAACCAUGUCCAUCAAGAUCUGGCCUGCAGUGGCACUGAAUUAAUUCCCCCCGUUCAUUAUUCCAUACUGCCCAAGGUCUGCUGUUCCAUAUAUACUGCAUAUGUGUUAACAAAACUUGUUGGCAUGCAUACAGAACUGUGCCUAUGGUUAUCGGCUGUUUAAAUAUGGGUUUAAU